AUGGGCUGCAACAUGUGUGUGGUCAAACGUCCAGAGGAGCAGUACAGGAUCAUGUUCCAGCUCCCCCUCUCUCUGCAAAAAGCCUUCGACUCCCUGCGGCCAAUGGACAGACAUGGAAACGUAAAGGUCAGAGGACGGAGGCCCUCUCAGCUCCCGCUAGACAGACCACAAAACUCCCAGGAGCCUUUGCACCAACCCGGGUCGGUCCGCAAGAGUCACAGGAGGAAAGGUACGUUAGUGUGCAGCGGUAAUGGCACCGGCAGCAGCUCCAUCUACUCCGUUGCCAUGGUGGCAAUUCCCGACUGCAUCGACAACGCAACGCAGACGGACAUCAGUUUCCAGAACAUCUUGACGCUGGGGAGGAACAGAGGUCAUCACCACCACCAUGACCGGGGAGGCGGCACCUCCUCCCCUCCACCACCUCCGCCGUCUCCUCCCCUCCCUCACCUCGUGGGACCAUAUGGGAUCAAUGAGUUCUGUGUCUUUGAGUACAAUGACCCCGAUGACUACUUUGACGUUUCUAACCAUGAGGUGGACAGGCAGGAAGACCUGGAGUAUGAGGAGGUGGAGCUGUACAAAUCCAGUCAGCAGGAGAAGUUGGGUCUGACAGUCUGCUACAGGACGGAAGACGAGGAGGAUCUUGGGAUUUAUGUUGGAGAGGUUAAUCCAAAUAGCAUCGCAGCCAAAAAUGGACGCAUCAGAGAGGGUGACCGAAUACUACAGAUUAACGGAGUGGAUAUUCAGAACAGAGAGGAAGCGGUGGCCAUUUUGAGCCGAGAGGACAGCAUCAACUUCUCACUGCUGCUGGCCAGGCCUGAUAUAGAGAAUGACAACCCCGUUGAUCCAGAGGAGGACAUGGAGCUGACGCUGGAAGGAGGCGGCUUCCACCAAAAUCCUCGAACCUCUUCCUGCUCCCUCACUUCCUCUCACCUCUCUGGCUAUUAUCGCCUUUGCCGGGGGGGAGGAACAGGAGGAGGAGGAGAAGGACUGGCCUGCCCGGGGGGAGGAGAAGGAGGUAGAGAAGUUGCAGGGGGUGAUGUGAACGUGGAGGAGGAAGAGGAUGAGGAUGGGGAGGACGGAGAGAGAGGACAGAAGGAGGACAGAGACCCACCUGUACCCCUCCCUCCUCUGCUGAGCCUGGCUCCUCUGCUGUCCAACAGCCAGGAGCUGGACAGCGGAGUGGGCCGGACCGACGACAGCACCCGCUACGAGGAGUCCUCCGAACACGACCUGCUGGGUGAUCACACCAGUGCCUGUAACACCAACACCACCAACACACCAGGAAGCACCAGGAAGUUCAGACCGGGACCCAGCCCCAGGCCUAGUCCAAGACCCAGCCCCGGCCUCGGCCCCAACCCCGGGCAUGGCCGAGGAGACACCACCCCUCCUUUCCUCCACCUCCGAGACCUCCACCUUAGCUCCGACUCCCUCCCCGGCCCGGACUGGACAGCUGGAGUAGGAACAGGAGGAGCAGCGUACAGCCCCCACCAUCACCACCACAAGCACUACCACCACCACCACCAUCAUCAGCCCUCUCUGAUGAUGAUGAUGCCGGGCCUGACGGAGGAGGAGUGCCAGCGAUACCAGGAGCUGCUUGAGAUCAAGUGCCAGUACGAGAGGAAUAGCGAAAAACAGCAAAGAGAAGCAGUGAAAAAAGAACAUGAAGACAUCAAAGCAGAGCAGGAAGAGAGAAAAGAGGCAGAGAGGGAGGGAGAGGUGGAAGCUUCUUCUGCCUUGGUGGUCGACGUGAACUGCAACGUGACGUUAAGUGAGCACGAGUUGGCGUUGAUCGAGGAGGAGCUGCGCCACCUGGAGUUCAAGUGCCGCAACAUCCUCCGGGCACAAAAGAUGCAGCAGCUCAGAGAGAGAUGUCUGAAAGCCUGGAUGAUGGAGGAGGAGACGGUGGCAGCAGGAGCGGGGCGACCAGGCCCUGUAGAAGCAGGUUUUGAUAAUGAUAAUGACGACGACCCUCAUCGCCACGAGUUGUCAGCCAUCAACGAGCUCCCAGAGAGAGAGCGAUCGGACGACAAAGAUAGCACCAGCGCCUACAACACCGGAGGGGAGAGCUGCAGGAGCACGCCGUUGGUCAGCACCGAGCAGAUCCCGCCUUUACAAGAAGAGGAAGGUGAUGGAGGGAGACGACUGAUGUCCCCACCUCCUCCUCUUCCCCUCAGUCGCCUCCCCCCUCUGAACUCCCCCCUCACCCCACGGCGUCACGGUCGGGAACGAGACAGAGAGAGACGCCACUCUAAUCUCAGCAGCUCUUUUUCCCCCAGCACUUACAGGAAGUACGAAACAGCCAGUGGAAAUAUGGCACAUGGCUCAAGCUCCACCCCUUCUACACCCUCCAAGUUCAGGUCUCUGACCAGAGAGGCGGGGUCAUCUUCAAGAAGGGGUGUGGCUGAUGGAGGGCAGGGCUCCAGAGCAGCUAGAGCCACUGACAGACCUGGAGGAGGAAGCGCAGAGUCGAGUCCCUAUUUCACCAGAAGACACCACAGCCACAAUAAACCAUUAGAGCGCUACCAGAGCUGCAUGACCCUGCCAUCUGAGGGCCUGGUGGACCCACUAGACCGAGUCAGAGACAGAGCGAUGGCCGAGGGCGAGGAGAGGGGGAUGGGCACAGGCAGCAGCGGCCCAGCCAGUCCCAGAAGUGUGAACAGCGCCCCAUGUGGCCUGGAGGACCACCAUACACGUGCCUCGCGGUUAGGACUGGCCUUACCGCUCGGGUUGACACACUCAUCAACUGCCUCACCACAACGCAUGGAGUGGAAGGUAAAGAUCCGGAGCGAUGGCACUCGCUAUGUGGCCAAGCGGCCGGUAAGGGAUCGUCUCCUGAAGGCCAGAGCCAUGAAGAUCAGAGAGGAACGCAGCGGCAUGACGACAGACGACGAUGCUGCCAGCGAGAUGAAACAGGGACGCUACUGGAGCAAAGAGGAGAGGAAGCAGCAGCUGCUGAGAGCCAGAGAGUACAGACGAAGACGGGAGUUCAUGAUGCAGAGCCGCCUGGACUACCUCAAAGGAGACAGGGACACUUUAUCAUCAUCAACAGGAGGCGCUGAAGACCCAGGUUCAUCCCAGACUACCCACCUUCAUCCCCAACAUGACUCCCCCAGCAACAAUAUUCUAUUACUGAGCCAGAAGAAGAUCAUGAAGAAAAGGAAUCGUCGCAUCCUUGAUAACUGGAUCACCAUCCAGGAGCUGCUGGCUCAUGGCUCGAGGUCGCCAGACGGAAAGAAAAUAUACAACCCUCUUCUUUCUGUGACCACGGUGUGAUCUGAAGACGGAGAGGAAGAA